UUGGUCACGUCGGAAACACCGCGAGAUCACGUGACACGACUUCUACUUCCUCAGUGUAAACAUUAGUGGUCGCAGGACAGUGUUAUGUUCUCAUGUUACACUUAAAGCUCUGUAACAAAAUGUGACCAACUAUCUUUUAUACGGAGCGACUGGGUUAACAGCUUUGUCUUAGAAGCUGAAAGGAUUUAUCAGCUUUGUGGGAAUGGGUUCCAUCCCUUGUCGGUCGAAAUGGAGAAUAAAGGGAGCGACGAGGUGGAAAAAAUGAAGACAAAGUUCUUUUCAGCGUGGCAUAAUAUGAAGUACAGUUGGGCUCUUAAAUCAAAGACCUCAUUCAGUAGGAAUUCUCCAGUGUUUCUCCUCGGGAAGUGUUACCACUUUAAGGUGGAAGAUGAAGAUGGUCUUACAGACCCCUGCUAUGAAACCUCCGAAGAGGACUUUAUCUUGGGGAACGUGGAGGAUUUCCGCAAAGAUUUUACCUCCAGAUUGUGGCUCACCUACAGGGAGGAGUUCCCUCCUCUGCCGGGCUCCACCCUGACCUCUGACUGCGGCUGGGGCUGCAUGCUGAGGGCCGGGCAGAUGAUGCUGGCUCAGGCUUUGAUGCUGCAUUUCAUGGGCAGAGACUGGACCUGGUCUGAGGCACUGGCCCUCCAGCCUUUAGACACAGAAACCAGGACUACCACUGCAGCCAAGCGUUUGGUGGCGUCUUUGGAGUCGUCUCUGCAAGGUCCCCACAGAUCUUCAAGCAAAAGAUCACAAUCUGUGAACCAAGCCCAGGCUCCGGGAUCUGCAGAGGAGGCAGAUGCACAUUUGAAAGACAUGUACCACAGCACUCUGGUAUCCUGGUUUGGGGACAGCCCCUCAGCUCAGUUAGGCAUCCACAGGCUGGUGCGCUUGGGUCUGACCAUGGGGAAACAGGCAGGGGACUGGUACGGUCCUGCUGUGGUAGCACACAUCGUCAAGAAAGCAGUUGAGGAAGCGAUGGACCCUGGCUUGGCGGGUAUAACUGCUUAUGUCUCCCAGGACUGCACAGUUUACAGUGCUGAUGUCAUCGAUAGCCACAGGGCACCCAGAGACGGGCAGGCCUCCACUUCCCCACAGAACAACCAACCAGUGCCUUCAUCCAGUCGAGCUGUCAUCAUCCUCGUCCCUGUGCGGCUGGGAGGGGAGAAGACAAACCCUGACUAUUUCAACUUCACUAAGAGCAUACUGAGUCUGGAGUACUGCAUCGGCAUCAUCGGAGGGAAGCCCAAACAGGCCUGCUACUUUGUGGGAUUUCAAGAUGACAGCUUGAUUUACAUGGACCCUCAUUACUGUCAGUCUUUUGUGGAUGUCAGCACCAGCGAUUUCCCUCUCCAGUCGUAUCACUGCCCCUCGCCAAAGAAGAUGCCUUUCAGCAAGAUGGACCCCAGUUGCACCAUAGGUUUCUACUCUAGAAGUGUUCAAGACUUUGAGAAAAUCAAACAAGAGUUGUCUAAGGUGCUGCAGCCGUCAGCGAAGGAGAAAUACCCAGCGUUCACUUUCGUGCAAGGUCACGGCAGAGAUUACGACCUGUCGGCCGGCCUGACCCCAGAGAAGAGAGAGUGGCCCUUCAUCCGUGACCCACGGAGGACGGUCACCACUGCAGGGGACUUUGUGCUGCUUUGACAGCACUGUUCAGAACUACUACUGACAGGGAACUUCUUCUAAUAAUGAAUCACACUGCUUCAUAUCCAAAACCUUGAGUUGGAGCCUGUUGUGACACUGAAGGUUAUGGAACUUUUAAAACAUCCUGGAAACUUUUCAGACUUUUAUUUGUUACCUUGCAAUAUAGGUUUCAAGUACAUCUUGUCUGGAGACUUUGAGACAUUUUAUUGGUUCUCUGUUUAAUUUAACAACCUAAAGUUAUACUGAGGAACAUCAAUGCAAACACUCUUCAUUUUGCAACAUUACAUUUUAUUUUUAUGAACUUGAGACAAGGUGUUGAUGGCGACUGUACCUACAAACUAGAUUAUGGGAGAUUCUGUUUAGAUGUUUUUCAUCUUAGAUCAUGUAGCAGUUUUAAAAACAAUGGACACAUGCAUGACUGACAGUGUCACUGAGCAGUAAUGGUUAAUACUAAAAUAAAUGUUUCCCUUCUUUACAUUUUUUAAAAGGGCUACACCUUCAGUAUUUAGUCUGUUUUAUGUUUACAGUUUGGCUUAGAGCAGUAUUUAAAAAACAUGAAAUAUUAAGAUUCAGGGGCUUUUUGAAGAUUGUUCAAAACAUUUCAUGGAGCACACUGUGUUCAUAUUGUUGCCAAAUUUUCUUUUAACACUCACCUGAACUCUUUUUUUCCCUCUAUGCAAUAAUAGCCGACACUUUAGUGUGAUAAUGUUUGUCUGCUUGGUGUAGUGUGUAUUUUAAGUGGUGAGACUUUUGACUGAGCUGUGUAAAAGUGUGAAAUAACCAGUGGUGACAUGAGAUGAACCCAUGUGCUACAACUCACUCAGAAAUAUGUCUGAAAAUGAGAAAAUAACCGAACAGUUAAAGAUUCAGGGAACGAAGGUUUACUGUAAAGAUGAUUUAUUUUCUUUUAAAGUAGCAAACAGUGAGUCGCACUGUUUAACCCUCUAAAGCAAUAUUUAUUUUUAAACGUGCUAUGUGAAUUUAACAGUUUGUUUUCUUUUGUUUUCCUGCAAAACAUUGAUUAACAUUUUGUUACACUAAAAGAAAAAGUUGAAUAAAGUCAAAACGUUUGACUUCCUCAA